UGUGCGGAUCCUUCUGAGAGGAUAAUUCGCGAGUUGCGAAGUUUUUUUCACUUCCGGCAACGAAAAAGUUUGCGAUUCGUUAGUGCUUGUUUAAAAUACUGAAACAAAACUAUACGAGUUGAUUAAGUUUCAUCAGCGGGACGAACUGUCGUUAAUUAAAACUUUUUUACCCGGAGAAGAAAAUAAAAAUAAAAAUAAAAAUAAACUAAUUGGGAUUUGAAGAUUGAAUUUAUUUUCUACAAAUAAUUGACCGACAGCGUUAGUGACCACCGAAAUUACCGCCUUGAAGAUGUGAAGAGCACAGCGCUGGGCACAAAACAAACAAUCGAGCGAUUUCGAGUGCUGCGAGAAUUGGGCCAUCAGGACCACGCCGAAAUAUCAACCGAAAGCAAGGUGGAAAUAAAGAAAUAAAGACGUCGAGAUGGCGAUGCGAAACUUCGUCUUUGUGCUCAUCACGAUCGGGCUGAUCCUGCUCGCAAGCGCCACGGCGUACAAAAGCGUGGGAUAUCAUCACGAUAAGAAAGCGACGCAGAAGAGCUACGUCUGCCCGCCGAAUUUCAUGAGAUUGAGCUACAAGUGCUACUACUUUAGCAAUACGACAGCGACAUGGCAAGAGGCUUAUUGGAAGUGUCGAGACAUGAAAAGUAACAUCGCCACCAUCAAGAAUGGCAAUCAGGAUAAAAUCGUACGAAAGACUUUGGAUCAUGAUUCGUUAGUGCCGUUCGAGCGCUGGAUUGGCGGUCGUUACGAUUGGGGCACGAUGUCUUGGCAGUGGGCUGCGUCCGGUCGUGAAAUACAAUUUCAAGGGUUCGAAGACGGGUUCCCCAAGCAAAAAGAAGCUUUGGACUGGCAUUGCAUCAUACUUGACCCAAAGAAACACUAUCGUUGGAGUUCAAGAAGUUGCACCGAAUCCAAGCACUACGUCUGUCAAACCAAGCUGCGGAAAGUAGACAAUCAUGAAAAACGUAAAUUACAACGUCAAUAUCACAAUAAAUUAAACGACGUCCCAGUACCGGAUAUUAUCCCAAAUGCCAUUCUACCUGACACAGUCGAUACUUACAUUAGUCCGUAUAAUGAUAACAAUACGCUUGAUAACAACGCCGCCGCGUAUGGCCCACGUGAAUAUCGCCGUAAGAACAAAAAGGACACCAACACGCACACGCAGAGAGAUGUCAUUGCCGCGAAAAGGCUGCGAAAUCGUGAGAAUCGCACACGCAAGAACAAACGUCGACAGCAUGAGAAAGAUGCACGGAAUGAACACUUAGGCAGGAAGAAGAAGAUCAACUAUAUGACUUAUUACGAAGCGACUAAGGACUCAUUACAUCCGAGGGUCGCCGUUGAAGAUUUUAGAUAUUCCAAAUAAGCAAACGUUACAAUAUAUCAAAUGAAAAAUAUCACAUUCGCAGAAUAUCAGCAGAAAUUUCAUCAUGGAUUAAUUUAUAAUAAAAUAAAAGAAAAACGCCGAUUAUUUAUAGAAUAAACUUGAAAACUUGAUAAGUAGAUGUUAGAAGUUCAAAAUACACCAGUGGAGUAAUAAAUCGUAGAGUAGUCUUGAAGAUUCCAGAAAUUUUGUUUUGAUUAAUCAAUUAUGCGAAGUGUAACAGUUUAGAAAUACCAAGAAUGAAUAAUACUCUUCUUGACAAGUAGCUGGAAGUCAUAAACACUUAUAUUUGACUGAAUAGACAUGAAAAACUCUUUUAUAUGCUGUUUAUGUUUAUGUUUAUGUUUGCAAUUGCAAUGCGGAGAAUUGCAUGUGUUCCAAUACUUACUUAAUUAUGCUUCUUGUCAUCUUUAAUUGUUUCCUAAAACAUAGUAGGAUUACCAAUACCAAGUAUAACAAAUGUAACAAUCCAUCAAUAUAUUUAUGUAUCAUAUAAGUACUCACUAUGUAUGUAUAAAGUACUUACAUACUCAUAAUAAAAGUAUCAAAUGUGUUCCAAUUUAAUUUUUUUAUUUUUUUGUUUCUGCUUGAAUACAAGAGAAAUGUAAAUGCAAAAACACUUGAAUUUAAAUUUUAGACGUUUACUAUUGAAGUAUGUAUUUAAAUAUCUAAACAUAGGCUGUUUGAAGUAUUAAUUAAUUAAUUAAGUAAGGCGAUUAGUGGUUGAAAGUUAUCGAUAUGUAUCAAUGUAAUAAAACGAUUACCAUUAAUUAUAUUUUACGAUAGUGUACAA